AGCGAUAAAGUUAUAACUUCCACUUUACUUCAAAGAGAGCCGUUUAGUGUGAAUAAGAACGAUAAAAAUCAUCACGUCCAAAAGAUAUUAACAUGAAACUUGGCACACAUGUUACUUAUAUGUCAACAACAAACAUAAUAUAGAACUCCAGUUAUGACAGAAGGAUCAAUGGGUAACUUACCCUGAACCGAAAAAUAAAUGGUUCUGAGAAAUCAUAGUCUCCUAAACUAUCUACAUCAUGGCAGCUAUAAAAUGUUUAUCAGCAUCCUGCUGGAGAAUCCUGGCUGCUCAGAGAAUGUCACAUUUUACAUUUACAACUUCUUUAGGGGCUAAUAUUUCUAAUUCUCAGGUCACCUCAAAGGCAUUUCUGCACCAAGAUGUGACCCCACGAACAUGUCAUGUGGAUCGAAAACCAAAAUUUGUACUCAAGACUCCAAAAGGCACACAUGAUGUUGACCCUAGGCAAAUGGCCAUUCGACAGAGGGUAUUCAACAUAGUACUGAAUUGCUUUAAACGUCAUGGAGCAGAGGGCAUUGACACCCCUGUGUUCGAGCUGAAGGAAACUCUGAUUGGGAAAUAUGGAGAAGACUCCAAACUGAUCUAUGACCUGAAAGAUCAAGGAGGAGAGCAGCUGUCCUUGCGUUAUGAUCUGACUGUUCCUUUUGCCCGUUAUGUAGCCAUGAAUAAAAUCAGCCACAUAAAACGCUACCAAAUUUCUAAAGUAUACAGGCGGGACAAUCCAGGCAGGGGGCGCUACAGAGAAUUUUAUCAAUGUGAUUUUGACAUUGCUGGACACUACGACCCUCUGCUCCCUGACGCCGAGUGUCUGAAGAUUAUGUAUGAGAUACUCAGUGAGCUGGAACUGGGAGGGUUUCUCAUUAAGGUAAAUGACAGAAGACUUCUGUAUGGAAUUCUUACAACAUGUGGUGUUCCAGAGGCCAAAUUAAGAACUGUGUGCACCUCUAUUGACAAGCUGGGCAAGAUUACUUGGGACAAGGUCAGGAGCGAGAUGAUUGAAGAGAAGGAUAUGAGACCGGAGACAGUCGAUCGAGUGGGAGAAUACAUCAGACUUAACGGUGGCUUGGCUCUUCUAGAACACUUAUGGAACGAUUCAGCGAUAUCUCAGAACACAAGGGCGAUGGAAGCACUGAAUGACCUAAAACUACUUCACCACUACUUGGAAAUCUUUGGCGUUGCAGAUAAGGUCACCUUUGAUCUGGGCUUGGCCCGUGGUUUGGAUUAUUAUACCAGGGUGAUCUAUGAAGCUGUACUGCUUGAAGACCCUAAAGAACCCCACAGUUUACAAGAUAAUGAUACUAACAGGAGAGCUGUAUUCGGCAGCAUAGCUGCAGGGGGGCGUUAUGAUGACCUGGUGGGAAUGUUUGAUGCCAAGGGCAGAAUAGUACCAUGUGUGGGGAUCAGCAUUGGAAUUGAAAGAAUACUCUCUAUAGAAAAGAAGAAAGCAGAGGAAUCCUGUAAGAGUAUCCGAACCACAGAAACUCAAGUGCUGGUGGCUUCAGCCCAGCCACAUUACUUAGAAGAGCGGAUGAAACUUAUUACUGCGCUCUGGAAAGCUGGCAUUAAAGCAGAGAUGCUUCACAAGAAGAACCCUAAAUUACUUGCCCAGCUGCAAUACUGCGAGAAGACAGGCAUUCCACUAGUGGCCAUUAUUGGGGAGCAAGAACUUAAAGAUGGAGUGGUGAAACUUAGAGAUGUUACAACACGAGAGGAGGUCAACAUUCCUAGAGAAUAUUUAGUAGACGAAAUCCAGAAGCGGACAAGCUAACAGUACCUCACUCAAAGAUUCUCCUACAUAGGAUCUACCAGUUAUAAAAGAAUGAAGACUAUGGCCCUGAUUUAUAUUUGUAAACCCAACCUGCUUUUUUCAGGUAGUGCACCAAAAUGUAAAAUCGAUGUGUAAUAGACUGGAAUCAUGCAAGUCUAAAACAGCAUUUCACACUUAUAAAAAAAAACAACAUUCUUAGUAAAUUAGGGCCAAUAUGUGCACAAUAACACCAUGAAGAAUACAUUGGAAUUAUUUCUUUAUAUUGAGACUGUUUAUAAGCCAUAUAAAUAAAUAGUUAUAUAUUGACUGUACAGAUGUGCCCUGGGUAAAUAUGACAUGGUGCUGAGUGCACUCUAUACAUGGUAUGUGCCAAUGGUGUUAUACAGCUGACACUUGCCAUUAGUGGCUUAGAGUGGAAAUGGCCUUGAUACUUGAUUGGGCAGGUGGGGAAAAAAAAAAGAAAGAAAAUGCAUACUUGCCUUCCUCUUUCCCCUGCCACUAACGUUGUCACUGAGUCUCAGUCUCUACUGUUCAGCGCUUUCAGGAUCAAGGUUGGCAUGAGCCAUUCCCUGCUAAGCCGCUCACUGGCUGAGGUGGGAACAGGGACUCACUGACAGUGGUGGCAGCAGGGGAGCAAGUAAGGGAAGGGGAGGUGUUUUUUUUCCAACACCCAAGCACAAAUGUGAAAAAAGUUGAUUGCCAGAUAAUCCUUAGAUGCCACAGUCAAAUGCCACCAUGGUAUUUGAGUUGUUGAAUGGAGCAAAUGGGGCCUCACCACCCCCAGGGUGUAACAGGAGACCUGUAUUGUAGUUUAUUGUGAUGAAUUGCAAUGAAUUAUACAAAUGAUGUCAUGUUAAAGUUUCCAAAGGAGAGAAAGAAAACAUUUUUAUGCAUAAAAAAAUGAAACAACCCUGUUUUUCUUAUUAUAUAAAGAAAAAGCUAAACAA